ACCGAUUAAUUUUUCACGCAUUGCUGAUUGAAAAUACUCUAACCUAAAUGUUGCAAAAAGGAGCAGUGUUUAUUUAACUUAACGAUAACGUAUUUGUAUUUGGGAAGUUCCAACGUUAUUUAGACAUGAAGCGCGUCGAUUUGAAAGUUGUUUUGUUAGGCCAUGCCGCUGUCGGAAAAACGAGUCUCGUAGAACGUUUCGUUAAUGAAAGAUUUAACGAAAAACUCUCCUAUCAAAACACUAUAGGCGCUGCAUUUGCAUCUAAGCAAAUAGAGCACAAUGAGAAGUCAAUUAUCAUGGGAAUAUGGGAUACAGCAGGCAGUGAGAAAUAUGAAGCAAUGACUAGAAUUUAUUACCGUGGUGCAAAAGCAGCUGUAGUGUGUUAUGAUCUUACACAAUCAAAUACCUUUCAAAGAGCAAAAUUCUGGAUAAGAGAACUUAGAAGUGUGGAAGAAGGAUGUAAGAUAUAUAUUUGUGCAACAAAGAAAGAUCUCUUAGAGCAUGGUGCAGUUCCAUCUCCUGACAUAGAUGUUGUGGAAACAUAUGCUGCAGGCAUUCAAGCUAAGCUCUUUAUAACAUCUAGUAAAACUGGGGAAAAUGUUGAUGAGAUGUUCAAUGAAAUUGCACAAGACUUUAUGUCUGACCCAAACAAUAUACAAAAUAUAGUAGACGCAUUUGACAUACGUAUCGAGCCAAAAAGAUCACGUUGUUGUUCACUGACAUAACAGAAUCAGUAUUAAAUGUUGUUACA